AAAAUCAGGAAAACAACAAAAAAACAAAAACAACCAACAAGAACCAACCAACCCAACCCAACCAUGACCAACAACACUCACUCACCAUCAAACAACAGCCACACUACCACCAACCACUCACCAUCACCACCACCACCAACAACAGAAGAACCAACAGAACAACCGAAACCAUCAGAACCAGAAAAACCAUCAGAACCAUCAAAACCAGAAAAAACAAAAACAAAUUACACCCAGCAACUCUGUCAACAGAUCCAUCAGGACAUCAACCACUUCAACCAAUCACUCAACUCACUCACAACAACAACAACACCAGCAACAACAACAACAACAGAAACUGAAACAGAAACAACCAUAAUCCAUCAGAUCAUCAAACUCAUCCAAGCUAACAACCAACACACCCUCAGCCUAUUCCAAUCAUCAGUCCAAACCAUAUUCUCAGAAGUACUAGACUCAGUCCACACUCACUUCUCACUCGACCGAAACCAACAGCAACUGAUCGAGAUCGACAGGCAGAUCAUCGCCAACGCUCAAAACUCAGACCAGGAAACUCGAGAACGACUACAAGCGAUCCUCAUCCAGCAAAAGCAUCAGCUCACCAAACAGAUAACCGAACUACAAUCCCAUCUCACUCACUCCAUCAACAAAACCCAUCAGCAGCAGCAGCAGCAGCAGCAGCAGCAACCAUCAGCAGCAGCAUCAUCAUCAUCAUCUUCAUCAUCAUCAAUCAAUCCAAAUAUCCAUCCAAACCUACAACAGGAACAAGAACAGACUCACCCAUCCUCCUCAUCUCACCCACCUCAAAACUCAAUCAACUCCCCAACACCAACAAGAACAUCAUCAGCACUACUGCUCACUACCAAGCGUAAACGAGCCGAACAACCAACUUCAACAAUCGAAUACGACGAAGCACUCCUCGACGAAUUCUCGAUCCCAGACCAUCUCAGCUACUCUCAAUACUUGAAGCGAUCACAGCAUCGCACCCUCAAUCUACACCAUUCCAUCUCAACCAACCCAACACAACCACCCAUCUCCAACGAUAUCUCAGUCCUACCUAUCACCCCCUCGAGUAAUAAUAAUAAUAGUCCAACUGGUGCUCUCAAUGGAAUCCCUUCAAACUCCGACCCAGCACUCACCCCUCCUUCCUUCCUCCCCAAUCCUGCCCUCCUCGAAAACUAUUUCAAACCCUGUUCAAGUGGAAGCAAAUCUUCGCGUCGCCAAUCUGCUAUUCUUAGGAAUUUAGUUAGUGCGGCAUUAGGAAAGUUAAUUUCACAUGUAACCAACAAUCAACAGAUGCAUUGGCCAGGUUCAGAUACCGAAGAGAGGCUCGCAGCCAUAGGGCUUCAGAUCGAGCUUCUAGGGGGAUCCAAGUUGACGACCGAAGUGAUCCACAAGGGGCCGAAGAACUUACAACUCCAGCAGUGCAAACGGAUCCUACUGGAGCUCGAGUUGGGACUGAUCCGACUGAAGCAGAUCAAGGCGGUCCCGAGGCCAUUGCGAGGAGCCAAGAAGAAAUUCAAGCCGCUCGACUCGCCCCAGCUCUCACUGGUCCAUCCUCUCCAUCAGAGCCAGCUCGACAACCAGACCGCCGCCACGCCCAUCUCCGUCCCCGACAUCCUCGCCAUCGCCCCCUCCUCGAGCUCCUCUUCCGCCGAGCUCGCCUACACCAACACUGCCCCCAGUCUCGCCGAACAACACAGCCCGAACGUGCUCGGCAAGAACUUCGAGAACUGCGACCCCGCCCUACUCAGUCUCAGCCCCGCCUUCCCUGGCUUGGUCCCCUCCGAUCAGUCCGGAGCUCAACCGACUGGAUCCGAGGAGCCCAGGAGCACUGACCAUCGCGACCUCGUCCAUCGAUAUAUGAGCUCUAACGUCCACCCCAAUAAUAACCCCAAACACUCUUAUAUCGAUGAUUUUCCGAACGGCGAUCAUGAGGCUUUCAUGGAUUGUGAUGAUGAUCAAGAGCCUCUUCAUCAUCAUCAGCAGCAGCACAGCCAUCAGAAUCAUGAGCAGAAUCAGAAUCAGAAUCACGAGGGACAGUCGGAUGUCGACCUCGGUGUGCAAGAGUCGGAUCUCGACGAUCCGGCCGACCGACAUCUUCAUCAAAACGAGAGCCAGCUCCGCAGGAAACUUCUGAACGUUUAGCGCCCUCUGACUUU